AUGUCGCAGGCCCAAGCCAAGCGUGCUAUUCUCCUCGCUAUAGGAGUCGGCAGUGGCGUCUUGAUCUGGAGCGGUCGUGUUAGUGCCGCCGCUGAGGAGCCAUCGCUUGAAGUCGUGGAGUGUUUCGGGGUCGGGGAAUCGUCGUCCCCGUCGUACAGUCUCUCCUCAUCAGCUUGUGCUUCAUCACUUGAGAAGUCCUCUCUUCUAGGUGGUUUUUCGGACGAGAAAGCGCCACUGAAUCAUAGGUUCCACUCACUAUCCUCCACCGUGAGAAGCGCCAGCGCCUUGCUCCUCUUUCUCAUUCUCUACCUCCACGAACGGAAACCACUCUACAACCGACACCGCCAUGCGGAUAUUCUUGUAGCGUCCUGCAUCUUCGCAGAACUGCGGGUAGAUGCAUCGCAAAGCCUUAGAGCCUUAAUCACAUUCGGCUCUCUCGGCUUGCCACCCCGGAAACAAACUGCUGGCAUUGGACACGGAGCUGGGCGAGUUCUCGCUCUUGGUUGUUUGGCACCGGAUCUGGAGUUGGAUUUUGUCUUGCGCUUUAACGACAUCUUGUUGGAGGAUGGCGACAAUAUCUUUCAGUAUGGGGUUCUCUGCUGUCAGGCCCUUCUUCUCCUUUGUAAGGCCAUCUCAGAAUACUGCGAAGUUAUAGCGAUUUUUCACUCUCUAUUCUCCCGCUUUAAUUGUGGACGUUCUCCUUUUAUACCUCUUUUAAUUUUGCUCUCAGCGAUAGUGGACUCCGUGACGAUUGCUUCUCGCAGCUCUCGUAACCGACGACGAAGGCCGUCGACUUCUGAUCCCCGAGAGGCUUGUGUUGAGGCAACUUGUUGGUUGAAACCCUUCUCAAUAGACCUUGGCCUAAUGUCGAAGCUAAUUUUCGCCUCCAGGAGCUAUUCUUCUAUCUCUGCAAUGGUAUUUGGCUUGGUAGCUGAUUUGCUAGAGCUGCUUGUCAGUGUUGAGGGGGUAAGUCCGAGGGCAGCGAUACUUGGCAUUUUUGAGAUCAUCUCGGCUGCGAAGGAAGGGGUGGUUGGCGGAGUGGCGGGUAUGUUGAGUAUUAUCAAAUUCGAAGUCGAAGUUGAUGUUACGGUGGUUGUGAUUGUGGUUAUGUCGACUACGUAUAUUGUAUGCCCACCAGUUCAUCCAGGCCACCAUCAAUUUCCACCCAUUUCUCUUAGAACACCGACAGUAACGAAUGGCGGCGAAUAUUCACAUCGACAUGAUGUUCUCCAUCCCACUAACUACCGUAAAUUCAUGAGAUCAUCAAUCUCUCUGUUCUGUCUCAUGCCCACCCAACCCGACUAUAUAACAGUGGUCCUAGUCCAAAAAGAAAUAUAUGCUAUUAUCGCAUUUGUUUUCCAUAAUAAUGGAAAACAAGCACACGCAAACGAAUAUGAGAUUGGACUAAAAACUUGGGUGUUGAAGCACGAUGAAAGGGAACAGAAGACAUUUGCAAUAGGUAGAAUUAAGAUGAUUCCUUUACCAAUUAAUGGCUUUCCCUUCGUACAGGAAAACGCCCUGCGCCGGAAAAUAUGCGGGUCCUUAGAAGGCUCUUGUAGACUCUAUACUAGGCCUUCUAUAAGCCUUCCUGACUGGUUGUCUACGAUUAAUUACACUUGUUUGGUCUUUAAUAUAGCGACACGGCAAAGUUUUAUCGCCUAUAACACGAACUAUAACGCCUUGUUUGGCCAUGAGAGUCUUGCGUUUAAGGGCGGAAGUUGUAGUAGCCUUGUGUGA